AUGUUCAGACACUGCGUCAAGCUAACCUUGAAGCAUGCCAGUGCGCGCAGUGGCGCAAUGGCAGCGGCUGUUCGUCUUUUCCACUUGUUGAUACUGACGUCGAACGCCUUCAAAAACAGGGGCUCCUGGUCGCCCAACCCAAAGGCGCACCCUGCCUCGGUGAGCGUUUGCGGCGAUGCACGCUUCACCUUCCUCACGCCGCGGCUGCUGCGAGUCGAGUCGCGAAGCUUCGAGGAUCGAGCCACCGUCGCGGUCGAGAACCGGCGGCUGCCGCCGCCGUUAGACCUGCGCAUGGCCAAAAGCGAUGGCUGGUGCAACAUCACAGCUACCUGGGCUUCGGAAGAAACGAACGGAAGGGUUGAAACAGAUGCAAGCACCACCACCGUGCGGUACAGGUCAGGACUCACAGAGCCAUUUAUCGAGGUGGAGGCUGUGCUGGCCACUGGGCAGCACGUGCAGUGGAGGCUGGGGGACAAGGACACCGGGAAUUUGAACGGUACUCGCUUUGAUUUGGCCCAGUGCUGCACGAACCCUGGCACUUUGCCCAGCGACUUGGAUCCCGGCUAUCCGCUGCUGCCUGGACUUUUGAGCAGAAACGGGUGGAGCCUCCUGAACGACACCAGCUCGAUUGUCUCAGACUGGAUCUCAUACCGAGUAGUUGAGAUGGAUGUCUACGUCUUCGCGUGCGGUUUCCAGUUCCGCGAGUGCCUCCGAGACUUUGCGCAGAUCUCGGGCCCCAUGUCUCUGCCCCCGCUGAGCGCGUUCGGGCACUGGUGGUCCCGGCACUGGGGAGACCCGUUUGACGGCAUCUACUUCGGGCCAAUGACGCAAGACGCCAUCACCAAAGAAGUGAUACAGGGUUACCGUGACCACGGCUUGCCCUUGCACCAGGUGGUGUUGGACAUGGAGUGGCACCAACAGGUCGCCAAAGAUUGCAGAACCUUUGUUGGAAUGAAGGGCUGGGCAGGCUGGACAUGGAACCGCACCUUGUUCCCCGACCCAAAAGCUUUCACAGAUUGGCUGCACGCGGGCAAUACAUCCGACUCCUACGGCCACCCGCUGAAGCUGGUGUUGAAUUUGCACCCGGAUGCUCCCUUUACACCUUGUGAAGAGACCUAUGCGGCGUUUGCAAGAUGUCUUGGCCUGGACCCCUCAAAGGCAGAGGACAUCGAGCUGGACUACUACAACAAGACCCUUAUGGAGGGCCUGGCAAGAGUGGUGCUGCCCGCGUUGCAUGCGGAUUACUUGUGGAUGGACUCUCCCACAGUCAACACUUGGAAGAACGGGUUUUAUGACAACGUGCUGCUGCAGCAGGGCAAACGGCCCUUGGUGCUCUCGCGGUACGGGGGAUACGGCAACCAGCGAUAUCCCAUCGGCUUCUCAGGUGACACGGCGCGGAAGUGGGACACCUUGCACUACCAGGUGUACUUCACUCCCACAGCCGCCAACGUGGGCUUCGGUUACUGGAGCCACGACAUCGGGGGCUUCAACGGCGCCAACUCGACCGACCACCUGGGUGAGUCGGCGGAGCUCAAUCUGCGCUGGACACAGUUCGGCGUUUUCUCCCCCAUCUUCCGUUCGCACUGCCGCUACUGCGAUCAGCGCAUUUGGAUAAACAACUUGACCUUGGUGUAUCCGCAGCUCAGAUCGGCGCACUUGCUUCGCAACGCUUUGGUGCCCUACAUCUACACGAGCGGGCACAUCGCCGAAGAAAGCGGCGAGGCCUUGGUACAUCCCUGCUACUUUGCGGAUCCAGCGGGCAAGCAUCCAGAGACAUACGACCCAUCUUUGGCAUUCCAAUACUUCUUCGGAGCGGACAUGGUGGUAGCGCCCAUCACGCAGCCGGUAGGUCCUAAUGGCCGAAUCGCCAAGAAGGUGUGGCUUCCACCAGUCUCCUCUGGAAGAUGGGUGCGAUGGAACGCUUCGGCCAGCAUCAGCUCAGAUGCGACGGUGGCCUCUGAGGAGUUUACUUUGGAUGAUACACCAGUCUGGGUGCGUGCUGGAGCAAUGAUCCCAACACGUGACAUGCGCUCUGUGAGCCGGACGGUGGCAGACCCCCUGAUUUGGCAGCUCUGGCAUGGCAACAAGACAUUCGGGGGUGGUAAGGUCAUUGAGGAUGAUGGGGAAAGUAUGGCAUAUUCCUUUGGAGAAAAAGCGGUUGUCACGGCAUCAUACACCUGCACCUCAGCCUGUACGUCGUUUAAAAUUUCUGUGAGCUCACCUCAAGGCUCCUUCAAGUCGCCCAAGAUGCGGUCCCACGAGGUGGCCAUCAUGGCCUACGUGAACGUCUCUGAAGUCUCCGUCCGCAGCAACGGCCGGGUGCUGUCGCCAACCAACCGCCAUGCCCCCGGCUUUUGGAUCCUUCCAGCAAGUGGUGUGAACCCGGCGAUGCUCGUUGUUGCUCCGGGACCACAGUUGUACACCAGCAGUGUAGAGAUUGCGAUUGGCCAAUCCGGCUCGACACCUUUUGUCGAAUCUAUCAUUUGA